UUUUUAAAAGAUAACCAAAAGUUUUCGAAAAUGGAGUGAUAAAAGGAGGGAAUUUAUACUUCAAAGAGUAACAAAGUACAUGGCCAAGUCUGCUGCUGAGGAUAUUGAUUCUCAGGACAACGAUUCUUUGAUUCAAAAUCGAGGCAGAGACACUGAACAAAGUGACAAGCCAGGUUUAUUACAUCCAUCAGAACCGUUAAGGGAAAGCAAAGACAAUGAGAUUGAAGUCAUUGAACAAAGUAAAGGACAUGAAACGGCUGAACAAAUGUAUUGGCAAGGAAUGGAAUGGCAAGGAAUGUAUUGAACUGAGCAACCGAUCAUGCAUAUUAUAUUAUGGAAUUGUGGUACGUAUUUUUGUUUAGUACACAUAGUCCAUUCACCUUUCACGAUCCAUCAGAGCAGUGUUUACAUGAAUUCAAUUUGCUUCAAACAUAUAGUCAAUCAGGAUGGUCUGGAAAGCAGAUGAUCUUGACUCGACAAAUUCAGAGUCAAUCAGAGUCUCAAAUUGAAAUCUUCGUUAUGAUUAUCUCGGCAAUACGGUUGAGUGAUCCGACGAGAUUAUGCCAUUUGAUGAUUGAUUGAUUUUUCCGAAACAAUAUAUUGUCUCCACAAGUUUGCAUAAACAUCGAGAAAAAGAUAGUACAAAGACUGUCGGAGAGUUUCCAGACCAUAUAACUUGAUUGGCUGUAUGGUCAGAAUGACUGGUUAUGUUGCUGUCAAUCCUACAUGUUGUACAAGGUUUUCAGAUUGUAACAUACAAGGUGUUCCAAGCAACCCAAAACUAUUGAAAUAACGUAUUGCGACUCUCUCCUCCGCAGAGGCUUUUAAAGAAUAUGAAUUCGAAGGAAUUGAAAUUGCGCUAGAAGGUAUCUGGUAUGAAGACAACAGAUACCAGUCAGUCUAGCGCAAUUUCAAUUCCUUCGAAUUUCAUAUUCUUUAAAAGCCUCUGCGGAGGAGAGAGGUAUUGCGGUUAGAAUUUGAAUGCCUGAUCAGCACAAAGCUUGGCAUAAGUAAAUUUUGUGCAUAAAGAAACUGUUUAAGGUGGCUCGAUACAGUUUUCGAAAAUUCAGGUGUUUAACACUUUGACAUGUUCAAACUACGUAUUUUUAGGAUUUAUUCAACAGAUAUUUUUUUUUUAAUAUAUUUUGAUAACUUUACUUUCAAAUUAUAUUAGUUUUAGUAACAGAUAGUUUGUUGCUAUGACGACAUACGUGUACGAAAUUCACUCCAAAAUGGCCUAUCGUCUCGUAUAGUUGGAAAAAAGCAUGGUGACCCCCAAUUUUUUUUCGUGCAUUAUUUACUUGGACGAAAAGCUAACAAUUAGCAAAAUAUAAAAAAAUUCUGUAAUGCCAUUUUUUUGGAAAAUGCGAAAAUGUCAUAUUCUUCAAUAACAUUUUUUUGGCAUUACAGAAUUUUUUUAUUUUUUGUAUAAUGAAAGUUUUUAGCGGUGCAAUAGAGCAUGCAAAAUUUGAACAUAGGUCACCAGACAAAAUAAAGAGAUAUAGCGCAUUGUUUUUCUAAAAUGGAAAAUUCUAAUGACGUCAGCAAUUGUCAUAAAACGCUAUAGAACACACGCAAUGCAAUGGCGUGAUAUGGCGCAAGCAACUGCUCAAGUCAGGUCAUUUUGGAAGUUCUUUCAUUUUGUUAAUCAGUUUCCGCGACCCGCGCGUAAAAAUGGUUACCUGGUUUUGAGUUCGCGAUUCUUGAGCAGGGUUAUUGUGAUAACUAUAUCGAGCCACCUUAAGAAGCGCUUUAUAUUCCCAAGUGCACAAAACGUGCGCUUUACAAAGAUAUUUUAAUUUCUUAAUAAGUCAACAUUUAUAAUAUAUGCGCCCUGUCAAUAUUUUACGCAUCUUUGCGUUUAGCUUAGUGCUAGGGCAUUCAAAUUCUAUAACAAUACGUUAUUUCAAUAGUUUUGGGUUUUUUGGCCCGAAAACUAUUGAAAUCAUAUAUUGUUAAAAUUUGAAUAUGUAUGUAUUAAAAUUUAGUUAAGAACAUUUCCUUGUAAAGUGCGCGAUUUUCUGUUCUUGGGAAUUUUAAACAGCUCCUUUAACAGUUUCUUUAUGCAUAAAUUUUACUUGUCAUUUUACUUGAUGUCAAUCAUUUAUGCACUCGUGGGAACCAACAGAGUGCUAAGGCAUUCAAAUUCUAACAAUUAAAUUGUUAUUGGUGAUUUCAAUAGUUUUCGUUUUUUGGAGACACCCUGUAGUAAGCUAAGUAUAUUACCCUUCAAGGAUUAAUUAGUGUCACACCAUGGUAUCUCGGUUUUUGUUAUUGUUUUUAUCAUACCCAAAUUCAACAAAUAACGAUAAAAAUACUUUUUUGGUACAUUCCUUGAGAAUCAAAUCGUUACGUGUUUAAAAUUGUUAUACUAUCAAGUUUAUAAAAGAUAUAGCUUCCCAAAUCUACUCUUCUAACGAGUUUUAGAUAAUUUUAAACACGAUGUCCACUCCUGUGCGCAUGCGCGAACUUUGUUUACAUUUUGAACGGGAAACCUCGCAGUGCCUCGGAAGGUCGUCUCCAACUGGAUGGGGGUUUUCUAAAAAACGAAGCAAUUCAUUGUUAUAAACACAAAAGCAAUUGUCAUAUCGAGCCAAUGAAAACCACUCUUCCAAGCUACUGCGAGGCUACCCUUUUGAACUGCUAUAUUUGUAAAAUAUGAUAUACUAGCUGAAUAUCUAACACUUUUCUGGUAUGCUAUACUUGUAAAUGAAUAUGAACUCUACAUUUCAAUUAAAAAAAGUUCGAAAGAUGCAAAAUUUAGGCAAUGUUUUUAUCUGGGGGUCCCCUUUGUUAUGAGUAGAACUGAUGCGCAGAACGAAGUGGAAAUUAUCUUUAAACACGAGAUAAUAAGACUUGAAUCGGCCAUAUUGCCUGUGAGCCAUCAUUACCAUGGUGUGAUACUAAUCUUUUACCAUAAAUUGUAAUUUAGGAGGUAAAUAGUAUAAAUAGCCCCUCGCACUAGUCAAGACAAGUGUAGCUAUAUUUAGUUCGUAUAGAAAGUAUAUUACACAUAUAUUAAGGUCUUGCAGCAUGAAGCAUCAUCAGAAAUAAUCUGCCAUUUUGGGUGGCAAAGAUAUUUUAGUCAACCGAAUACUGCACAGCUGUGGACCGUUAUAAGUCUUCAAAGUGCUCAAACAAAAGCAAGAGCCGCAGUCAGUGCCACAGUUUUGCUUUGACGCCAUGUUUGCUUUUAAACAAACUAUUUUUAAUUUGCCACUCAAUAUGGCGGAAGUCAAUAAAUACGUGCUGUGACGCCAAUUGCAACAGCCAAUAACGGCCAUUCUACACUCCACUUUCAAGUUGAUGGUCUGAAAAAAUAUUCUAUGAUGCAUGUAUGGCUAAUAUCUGCAUUUCAAAAGUAUAAAGACAGAUUGUGUUUAUUUUCAGGGGCUCUUCGGCAUUUUGGUCAUUUUCCGUUUCCUUUCAUUUAUCGUUUUUACCACUUACGACACGAAGUGUAUGAUUCUUGAACAACACGCUUCAGUUAUCGAUUGUCAUCAAGAUGGAAUUGUACCGCAUCCAGAAUUUUGGAUCUCCGCGUGGAUAAUUAUUUCAGUUAUAUCUUCCAUUCUUUUUCUAAUUAUCUUUCAUAUUGCUAACAAUCUCAAGUUGGUGAACUUUCUAGGUGAGAAAGUAUGCAGCGCCUGGAGGAAUGCCUCGUUUAUCUCCUUUUUCGUAUUAUUCCUGCUAACAUUAAUAUAUUACGUUUUUCAAAUUGUUAGUAAACGAUUCACCGGAUUAACAUUAUUCUUCCUGUUGGUUUGGCCAAUUGUAAUGUUUUUAGUAGUCUGGCGUUUAAAUUAUACACCACAAUUGCGAUGGAAAUCAGACAAUUGUCGUCCGGCAAAUUUUCCUCUUGUAAAUUGUCCACAUCAAAAUUGUCCUCCUGAAGUUUGUCGUCAGCGUGUGGCUGAAAUUACCCUUUUCUUAUUUUACUGGAUUGCUCUUGUUAUGUACUUCAUCGAAGCAACCUGCAAACUGCUCGCUGUCACGCUUGAUGUAGCAUACGAUGUCGUACCGGUGAUCGAAGGACGGUUUCCAUACGAAUCUAUGAAGGGGCUUAGUGUUAUAUUCCUUGGUUUCAGAUUGGCGUUCCAUGCAAGGUUGGUUUACUUCUUUUGGGAUAAGAUAUGUCAUGGUGAUAAAGACACCUUUUCUGAGCCAUGUUCAAAAUUGGAAGAUGACCAAACGGGAUUAACUACAACCAUAUCUACACAAACAGAAAGAGUUGCUGAGGCAUUCAUAUCAACAAAAUUAAAGAGAUCAUUAUCUGCACCCACACUAACAAAGACCGACAAACCAGUUCCACCCACAUCCACACCAUCCGACUCCAACACAUUACCCCCUUCACCCACACCAUCCGACUCCAACACACAACCCCCUUCACCCACACCAUCAGAUUCCAACACACCACCCUCUUCACCCACACCAUCCGACUCCAACACACCAUCUCCUUCACCCAGACCACCCUCUGCUCCCAAAGCAAAAAAGCUCAAGAGAGCACCUGCACCCACUCUCCUCCGUGGAGGCCUAUUUGGCUUUUUUGUGACUCGCGGGAAAAAGAAGAAAAGGCACUGGAAGGCAGGCUAGAAGCGCUCGUGCAUGUUAGUAACAACAUUCGAGCGAUUUAUGGCCUUUGUAAGAUAAGCAAUAUUGUAUUUAUAAUUUUAUCGAUAACUGAUCUAAUUAGUCAGAGCCUUUCAUCGAUCCACAACUGAGCUGCUACCAUAAAAUUUGCCUUUUAAAAAUAAAACCGUUGAAAUUAAACGAUUCGUGACUCAUGCAUUCUUAGCGCCUUACAAAUCGAAAGUACAUGUUCGCUUGCCCAAAACUAUCGGACGUUUGUAGCCUAGGAUACUAGAAACAGCGGAAAUCGAUUAUAGAGGCCAAAAUUUGCCGCGGUAGCGUGCUGUUAACUUGUAUCCUAAAAACACG